GUGCUUUAAAAUGAGCGAAUAGGGUUUAGGGUUUUGCGUGAUGCUUAAAUUGUAGAGAGGGUUUAGCCUGAACCGUUUCUGUCUGGUGGCCUCUCCAUAUCAUAUGACAUCAAUGGCGACGAACCUCACAGGGAACAAAGAAGUGAACGAUGCAGAGGUAGAGAGCGAAGUAGAAGAAGAGGAAGAAGAAGAACAAGAGUGGGGAGAUUGGAACGCAAACGACGAAGAAGAAGCAGAAGAUGAUUUAUACUCGGAUUUACUCUGUUUGUUCUGCGAUUCCAACUACAGUUCGAUCGACGCACUCUUCCAGCACUGUACAUGUACCCACCACUUCGAUUUUCAUGCUAUUCGCAAAACCCUGCGCUUGGAUUUCUAUGGUUCCUUCAAGCUCAUCAAUUACGUCAGGUCUCAGGUAGCAGAAAACAGAUGUUGGAGUUGUGGGCUUACCUGUCAGUCAAAGCAAGAUUUACAGAAUCAUUUACAUGAAACAUUUAGUUUCAAAGAAGUUGUGCUUCCUUGGGGUGAGGAAAAAUAUCUAAAACCCUUCAUGCAAGAGGAUCCACUUUUAUACAGCUUCGGUGAAGAUUGUGAAGUUGAAGACGAGGAUACUGCAUCCGUUGAAAAUAUCAAGGAUCAGAUUAAUUUUGAAAGGAUUUAUAUUGAUGAUGAUGAUGCGCUAGGAGGACAUCUAUAUGAAUUUAACACUUCUUUUGAGAAUGGAGAAAAGGAGAUUGCCUCUACUUCCAAUAGUUGUUUAAACAUGACAAAUCCUUCUCAGGAGGUGAAAGUCAAUGGUGUUGACAUAGAAGAAUCUGAUUGUUCUUCUGAUAGAAAGUCAAAAGAUAAGAAUUUGAGAGUUUGUUUUGCAAAGGUUGUGGCAAAUGAAAUCAAGAAGGUGGAUAAGAAUUAUUUUGGGUCGUACAGUUCAUUUGGGAUCCAUAGGGAGAUGCUAAGUGAUAAGGUAAGAACCGAUGCUUAUAGACAUGCCAUCAUGAAUAAUCCUUCUCUUCUGAGUGAUGCUGCUGUUCUGGAUGUGGGAUGUGGGACUGGUAUACUAAGUCUCUUUGCUGCCCAAGCAGGAGCUUCAAGUGUAAUUGCAGUUGAAGCCAGUGACAAGAUGGCUGCGGUGGCAACUCAGAUUGCGAAAGAUAAUGGCCUUUUGUGGAGUGGAAGCUCAAAUGAAGGAAUCAGUAAUGGGGUAAUAAGAGUAGUCCAGGGUAUGGUUGAAGAGCUUGAUAAUUCCACACAUAUUCAACCCCACAGUAUUGAUGUAUUACUGAGUGAAUGGAUGGGUUAUUGCCUACUUUAUGAGUCAAUGCUUAGCUCUGUGCUCUUUGCACGGGAUCGAUGGUUGAAGCCUGGUGGUGCCAUUCUCCCGGACACAGCUACUAUGUUUGUUGCUGGAUUUGGAAGAGGUGGUACAAGUAUUCCAUUUUGGGAAAAUGUGUAUGGUUUCAAUAUGUCUUGCAUUGGCAAGGAACUUGUUGAAGAUGCUGCUCAGGUUCCUAUAGUUGAUGUUGUUGAUGGUUGUGACAUAGUAACAAAUACUGUGGUUCUCCAGUCAUUUGAUUUACUGAAGAUGACGCCUGAUGAAAUGGAUUUCACUUCAAGGAUCGAGUUGGAACCACAGUUAGAUAAUCCGACAAACUAUUCCACAGAUUUAAUAUGUAAAACAACUUGGUGUUAUGGAGUUGUCUUGUGGUUUGAGACUGGCUUUACUGGGAGGUUUUGCAAGGAAAAAUCAAUUGUUUUGUCCACAUCCCCGUAUGCUCCCCAAACGCAUUGGUUACAAACAAUUCUCACCUUCAGGGAACCAAUUGCAAUUUCUUUGGGAAAGCCUGAUGCUGACAGAUUGGCAGAAGUUGGUACUGAGGCGUGCCCUGCUAUGAAAAUGCAGGCACGCAUCAGCAUUGUUCGUGCUUCUCAGCAUCGCAGUGUCGACAUCUCCUUGGAGAUUGCAGGGAUUGGGCCUGAUGCCCGAAAGCGUAGUUGGCCGGUGCAAAUAUUUAAUUUAUCUUAGGACUUUCCAGCUGAGCUGUCAUUUUCCAUGUUUCAGUAGCAAAGGAUGGAACCUGCAGAGUUGAAUUUGCACCUGUUGUGACUUGUUGGUCCGAAGCAAUGUCUUGCAUGAAGCCAACCCUAUUAGAAAGAGAUCUCCUUUAUAUUUGCAGGGUACUAAAAUGGAAAUUUGAUUGGAUGUGGGGGUAUCCAAUCUCACUACUGAUAUGUCCACCAGAUUCCUGGUCUUGGGUUGAGGAAAUUUUUGGUUCAGCUCUCGUUGGUCUGUGAAGUGCCUUGAGAAUGUAAGUUUAAAUUCUCUUUCAAGUUUUGGGCCACGUUGACACAUUUGUUUUCAUCUUUUACAGAGGUCAAUGUAGUUUGCUAGUAUGUAUCCUAAUAUUUAACUAUCUGCAAUAAAUUCGGAUUUCAAAGUGUUCUCCUUUUAAUA